AUGGCAAACAACUCUAGGGUGUUUAAGAAGACCUGCUCCAAUGGAAAGCUCUCCAUCUACCUGGGGAAACGGGACUUCGUGGAUCAUGUGGACAUAGUGGAACCCAUUGAUGGUGUAGUUCUUGUUGACCCUGAUUACUUAAAAGGUAGAAAGAGUAAAGACUCUGUGCGGCUGGUAAUCCAGAAAGUACAAUUUGCACCCUUGGAGCCUGGACCCGGGCCAUCAGCCCAGACCAUCUGUCACUUCCUUCUGUCAACUCAACCCCUGCAACUCCAGGCCUGGAUGGACAGGGAGAUUCAUUACCACGGCAAGCCAAUCUCUGUCAAUGUUUCUGUCAACAACUGCACUAACAAGAUCAUUAAAAAAAAAAUCAAGAUUUCAGUUGACCAGACCACAGAUGUUGUCCUGUAUUCACUAGACAAGUACACCAAGGCUGUGUUCAUUCAGGAGUUCACGGAGACCAUAGCGGCUAACUCCACUUUCUCCAACAGUUUUGAAGUAACCCCACUUCUGGCUGCCAACAGUCAGAAACAGGGUCUGGCACUGGAUGGCAAACUCAAGCACGGGGACACCAAUCUGGCCUCUAGCACGAUCCUUCAACCUGGAAUGGACAAAGAGCUGCUGGGGAUACUGGUGUCCUACAAAGUCAGAGUCAACUUGAUGGUGUCCUGUGGAGGCAUCCUAGGUGACCUGAUGGCCAGUGACGUUGGUGUGGAGCUGCCUCUUAUAUUAAUGCACCCAAAACCAUCUAAUGGUAACUCUGAGGACAUAGUCAUCGAGGAGUUUCCACAGCAGAAAGCUUUGGCAGCCGAGAGGGAAGAGGGGAGCUGA